CGUGCGGCGUGUACUGGGCAUGCGCAAUGUGCCAGGAUGGCUCCGCCGGCAGAUGUAUGCUGAGUGGAAUGACAUCCGGUUAGUGCCGCGGUCUGUGUUACGGGAUGGAGCGUGUGAGGUGGGACGGAGGCUGUGAGAGGACACCGACAUCCCCUGCUUUGUGACACCGGCCGGCAGGGAAUGAGUAGUGGGAAUGAGAAACAUUCGGCGCCUUUUUCUGAGGUGCCUUCGCCUGGGACACAGAAGGAAAUGGACCUAUGUGAACCUCCUGACCGAUUACCUGCGCUACUGCCGCCUCUGCCUUGUGUCCCUGUCCUAUAAUUCCUUCACCGACAGCGACGUGGUCAUAGAGUCCCUGUUUGAACCCAUUUAUUGGCUGGUGGAUCAUGUGACCAGGUGGUUUGGCAUAGCUCAAAAACACGUCCCAUCUGUGUCCGUGUGCAGGAAAUGCAUUGCACCCAAACCCGCCCGGACACACCACUGUAGCAUUUGCAAUAGGUGUAUUCUUAAAAUGGAUCAUCAUUGUCCGUGGCUUAAUAACUGUGUCGGCCAUUACAACCACCGCUACUUCUUCUCCUUCUGCCUUUUCAUGACCCUCGGCUGCAUUUACUGCAGCGUCAGCAGCCGCAUCAUGUUCCGUGAAGCCUACGCAGCCAUUGAGACCUUUUACAGUCAGACUCCUUUACCUACCUUCACCUUCAGAGAGAGAAUGUUUCACAAGUGUAUCAUCUACCUCUGGGUACUGUGCAGUUCUGUCGCUCUGGCCCUUGGUGCUCUUACACUGUGGCACGCAAUGCUCAUCACCCGAGGAGAGACGAGCAUAGAAAGACACAUCAACAAGAAAGAGAGGAAGAGACUGCUGACCAUUGGAAAGGUAUUCUAUAAUCCGUACAGCUACGGUCGCUGCAGUAACUGGAGACUUUUCUUUGGCGUGGAAACAAAAUUACAUUGGAUAACCAGAGUCCUCCUUCCAUCUCCCCACUCUGCUUAUGGAGAUGGAUUGACAUGGAACCCUCCAUCUUGGAUCCCCACGAAGCAGACUUCUGUCCUUGCAAUAUAACAAUUCCUGUACUAUACGUCCUUCCAGCAAGGUGACACUAUUUAUAAAAGGAUGAUUU